AUGGAUUACGUCGGUCCACUUCCAGCAUCAGGGAAAGGUCGGAGUACUUGCUUGUUGGUAAUAACUGACCUUUUCAGCAAGUUUGUAAUUGUACAGCCAUUUCGACAAGCUACUGCUGACUCGUUAGUCCAUUUCGUCGAAAACUCGCUGUUUCUGUUGUUUGGCGUACCGGAAGUUAUUCUUUCGGACAACGGAACUCAAUUCGUUUCUGCUUCGUUCCGAAAUCUGUUAACUCGGUACCAUGUGACCCAUUGGAGGACACCAAAUUACCAUCCGCAGAUUAAUGACACCGAACGAGUUAACCGAGUGAUCACCACCGCCAUACGUGCUUGUAUCCGCAAAGACCAUCGCGAAUGGGCAAACAAUUUACAACAAAUUGCCAGUGCGGUACGGAACUCAGUACAUGACGCUACGCGGUAUACCCCGUAUUUUGUGCUAUUCGGAAGAAACAUGGUAUCGGACGGGCGUGAAUAUCGGCACCUCCGAGAUGCAUCUUCCACUCAUGAUGGGCAACUGAAAGACGACGAACGAGAUAAGCUUCUAGCAGAUGUCCGGAAGAACCUCAAGUCGGCCUACGAGAAGCAUUCUUCGUACUACAACCUUCGGUCGAAUGCCAACUGCGCUACCUACUCUGUUGGAGAACGAGUCCUCAAGAAGAAUACCGAGCAAUCGGACAAAGAGAAGGGUUUUUGCGCUAAGCUAGCUCCGAAAUAUGUGCUAGCUGUGAUAAAGCGAAUCGUGGGUUCUCAUUGCUACGACCUAGAGGACUUGAAGGGAAAACGAUUAGGCAUUUUUAAUUGCGCAUAUUUAAAAAAGCUCAAUUCCCAAUCGCCUUCACCUUCUUAA